UGUCACUUGCAAGUAGGCUGCAAUAAGUGGAUACACUUAAAUUAGAUAGAAUUCAUAUUCUGUUUUGCAUUUUCUAACAAGAAAUACUCGACACUAUAUUAAGCAUUAAAGUGCGUUGACUGAUGUGAGGAACACAUCUAAAAUAAUUCAGAUCACUGCUUUAUGUUUUAAGUUCGUUACCUGUUUGUAGAGUACACACUGAGGCAGCCAAAAGGCUUAAAUCAAUUUCAUUUAGUGCCGCUAUUAUAUGCAUUUUACUGCAACAGUACUCAGCAGAAGAGCGGCAGGAGAAGACUGGAAGAAGCAAUAUGACAGACAAUGAUUGUGCUACAACAAAAGACGCGAUCGGCACCGUGCCCACGACGGAGAGCGAAGGAGUAACGGAGGACAAGAGGCAGAAUGGGGAGAGCAAGGGGACCACCACGGAGAAGAUCCCCGAGGCUGACACAAAAGAGUUCGAGCACCCCGAAGGAGGAUGGGGAUGGGUGGUCAUGCUGGCUGCAAUGUGGUGCAACGGCUCGGUGUUCGGGAUCCAAAACUCCUUCGGCAUCCUUUACGUGUCCCUUCUGGCAGAGUUCGGCUCCUCCAACGACGAGGACCUCAGGUUUAAAACAGCAUGGGUUGGCUCCCUCUCCAUGGGUGUGAUCUUCUUCUGCUCCCCCAUCGUCAGCAUCUGCACUGACCUGGUGGGCUGUCGGAUCACCGCCGUGGCUGGUGCCGCCGUAGCCCUGGUGGGGUUGCUGUCCAGCUCCUUCGUCUCAUCCCUCGAAGCCAUGUACUUUACCUACGGCAUCGUGUUUGCCUGCGGCUGCUCCUUCGCCUACCAACCGAGCCUCGUCAUCCUGGGCCACUACUUCAAGAAGCGCCUCGGCCUGGUCAACGGCAUCGUGACGGCGGGCAGCAGUGUCUUCACGGUCUCGCUGCCGUUCCUGCUGUCCAUGUUGCUGACUCGGGUGGGGCUCGCCAACACACUACGUGCCCUCACUGUCUUCAUGUUCAUCCUCAUGCUGGCGGGCUUCACCUACAAGCCGCUGGUCCCCAACCCCGCCGCUGCCAGCAAGACCGGCCGGCGCUUCCCACCCAUGAGCAAGAUCUUCAAUAUCAGAAUCUGGAAGUCCUUGGGCUACCGGAUCUGGGCCUUUGGCAUCCCCGCCGCUCUCUAUGGAUACUUUGUGCCCUACGUUCACUUGAUGAAGCAUGUGAAGGAGGUGUUUGGUGAGGAGGCCAACAAGGAGGUGCUGCUCAUGUGCAUCGGCAUCACGUCCGGCGUGGGCCGUCUCAUCUUCGGCAGAGUCGCUGACUACGUCCCUGGUGUCAACAAAGUCUUCCUGCAGGUGUCCUCGUUCCUGGUGAUUGGCCUCAUGUCCAUGAUGAUCCCGCUCUGCAGAAUCUUCGGCGGGCUCAUCGCCGUCUGUCUUCUCAUGGGCCUUUUUGAUGGCUGCUUUAUCUGCAUCAUGGCUCCCAUCGCCUUCGAGCUCGUGGGAUCCCAGGAUGUGUCGCAGGCCAUUGGUUUCCUGCUGGGCAUGAUGUCCGUGCCCAUGAUGGUGGGGCCACCCAUUGCAGGUUAUCUGAGGGACAGACUGGGCUCCUACGACGUAGCCUUCUACCUGGCCGGUAUCCCUCCUAUCGUCGGGGGGGCUUUACUGUGCCUCAUCCCCUGGGUGGAAGCCAAGCGCAAAAAGAAGGCAUUCGAGACCGAGAAGGAGGCCGUGCAGACAAUGCUGGAAAGCAAGAACUUCAGCAAGUGUCCAGCAGAUAGGGGCAGUGCAGACAAGAGCGCUGACCCAGAAUCUGUCAUUUGAAUCGGAAAUAUUCACACACACAUGAACAUCCAAAUAAACACACAUACACACAUUCAUACAUGCAAUCAAUCAAGCAUCGAAAUAGUGCUUUUUUUAUUAUUUUUUUUUUUAAAAGCUGCUUUUGCAGGACAACUAGAGGGAGAAGUACUUCCACAUCGGUGUUACCUAGUGAUGGACAAAGUGACACUUUCAUGAACCAUUAGCUGGAUUUUUGACCACGAGAUAGCGCUCAUUGUACAAAAAGGGCUUAAAGCAUGCACCAAAGCAAACAAAGAGCACCAUCUAGUGGUAUCAAAAAAUGAGCAAAUGGUUCAUAAAGUGUCAUUUUGUCCGUUACUAGUGUAACCUAUUUAAAUGCACAACCGUUUCUAAAUGAGUGUGAUUCUAAUAACCUAUGCAUUUCAAUGCUUUUCCAUUAGAUAAAUGAGUGGCAUAUGCCUAUGGAAAAUGUUAAUGCCUUUAAAAUUUGCUUAUGUAUAACAGAUAUGAAGCUUUAGAGUACUUUAUCAGCCUAAUAGCACUGCAUCCUUGUUAGCUUGUUUUCGAAAGGAACUUGAAGCCAUUACUUUAAAAAUGCUUAACCUGCAAUGCUCAAAACGGUAAUACACUAGAUAAAUUCCUAGUCAGAUGUAUCAUAAGGCAAGUCAAACACUUUCCCUGGAAAGAGUGGAAAAUGAAUGUUGUGCAUUUCUGUGGCCAAAGAGAUUGGAACUAGCUGCUAAGUUACCAGUUUAGUCCUGGUAUGUUGGAGACAGCUAUGAACCAAAACCAUAAGAAGAGCUGAAACAGAGUUUGAGAUGUGAUUGUGAGGUAAAUUGGGCUGAUUUAAGGCUGAUGUGGCCAGUGGGCGUGAUCCCACUAGAGAACAAUGCUGCUUAUUCUUCUAAGCAAAUGAACUCUGUUUUUGGAAAUACUUUUUUAAAAACCAACUUAUGAAUGUAUCGUUAAUUUGCAAAAUAAUUGACCUGGGUAUAGAAUAUUGCUUCAGAGAAAUGAAUUACAAAAUAACAAUAGGAUUUUAUUUUAAUGAAACUGUACUCUAAGGUGCUGUGAUAUACUAAGCAUCUUUUAGCAGAAUAGUAAGUCUCACAAUGCUAAACACAUUAAGGGAACAUACAUGCAUCACCUCUGUAGGCGUGUAAUGGAAAAUCAUCCCAGCUGUUAAAAACUGAAAUUUCACAUUUGUGGGGUUUUUCCCCCCCUCCCGUUAUGCAGUUGAAAAUCCAGUUCAGUGGUAGUUAAUUUUUAUCACUGUUUGGGUUUCACUGAAAUGUUAGGUGAUGCAAAGAAAGCGUGUUUCUAUGGUUGACUUUCUAUGCCUGGCUUCUCUAUGCAAUGUAGAUAUGUGAUGUCGCCAUGCUGAGUGACAUGAGCGCUUUUACAGGAAACAGUGAAUGGAUGAAGUUGUACAUUCAGUCACUAAGUGCAUAUGAUAUUUAAAGGCGUGUAAUCAGCACAUAAACAUCCAGGAUUGUAUUACCAGCACUAUCAUAAACCGAUUUCCGGUUUGCUAAUACCACAGGGUGACCCUUCCUUCAAAGCUCAGUUUUACAUAACCACCGAGAUAUGUUCAAGUUAAAUAUAUAUCUAAAUGUGUUAAUUGGAAACCUACAUUUCUUUCUUAUUUAUUUUGCUUUGUGUCUAGAAUUUGUCUUGGCUUUGCUCUGUGUGUUGUUCAUCGAGACAUUUGCCAUAAAUAAUAAGUCUUACUGGUGCUCUUAAAAUGCACAUUAACUGAUUAUCAAAGAAGGGCCUGUGUAUCACAUCUGUACUGUGUUAAAAUGACUACUUAUCGUUAAUACUCUUGUCUAUGGUAUCAAGGAGAUAUUAAAUCAGUUUCUCAAGGUUUUAAAAGAUAUAGAAUUAUGAAAGUGAUUAACAAAAACAUUUACAAUGGAAAUUGAAAAAAAAAAACAUUACUUUUGCAGUACUUUUGCAUAGCGUCUACCUCAGAAUACUUGGGCAAUCUUGGGAUAUUUAUCUUAAGCCCCAAAGGGCAUCGCUGUGAGUUACCAUUUCAUUCCAUUUUGUGAGGUCUGACAUUCAAUUUCACUAACUUUCAAUUUUUUAUGUUUUUGGGCCAACAUUUUACCCCUCCUCACACCUCCCAUUGUAAUACACUUUUAAUUCAUCAGACAUUCAACAACCAAUGCCUGAAUGGUUAAAAUGCUAUAUAUCUAAGGAAAUUGUAUGUAAAAACCCAAAAGAGAAUUUUUCUAUGAAACAGUGCCAUUACACUUUGAUAUCCUGCAACGUUAUAUAGUAUUGAACUUCAGCGGCAUGGAUAUUUGGAAUGUGUGUAUAUAUAUAUAGCAUUUUACUAUAAUGCAUUAUAUUUGAAAUAAACCAUUUACCAUUUAUUUUGUGACAGUCUUGGCUUAAACUGUGUAAUGAACUAUGGAUGUAACCAUUAUUAUUAGUAAAUUUAUUAGUGUUUUCUGAUAGUAUUUUGAGGAAAAACACUGAAUAUUGUGGAAAACCCCUUAUAUACAUGCGAUCUAUUUGUACAACAGAUCCUUUUAUAUGUAUGUUAUAUAACGAUACAUAUAUGUUUAUUUUAUUCUGCUCAUGUUGUUUAUUUAUGUACGUUAUCUUUCUGACUUACAGUGUUUUCAUUGAAGAGUAGAAUAGACAUUCUGUUGUGUUAAUGAUCUGUAGCACCUCAAAUGUUAAAGUAUCUAAGAGAAACAUUCACUUACAGCUAUGUAACGAAGUUGGGCAAAUUCUAGUUUGCAGCGCAUUGUUAGAAACAGCGACCUCUGCUUGUGGAAGAGCACCAAUAUAUUUUUUUCUGUUAGACUAAAUAUUUCAUUUACACUAUCAAUCCAAAGAUUUAAAUGUGAAGCAUUUACUAUUACUUUUAAAAGAAUAUAGUAUAUAUAUUAGUAAAUUUAGAUGUUUUUAACAUUUUCUUUAUAUUUUUUGAAAGAAAAUUGCUAACUACCAAAUAACAUUAUUUACUGGGAAUAGUAUAUAUUGAGAAUACAAGGAAUAUUCUAUUAACGCCAUAUUGUGUGAAAUUGAAUCUUUUCUAUAGCUUAUAUGUUUCUUUUCUCAGCUGUAUCCAAUAAGAAAAAAACUCAUCUCUAUUUGAAGUGUAAUGCAUUUAAGAACCUGCACGCACAUAUUUGGGUUUUCUGUCGCUGUGCACUGAUUAAUUAAAGUGCAUCCCCGAAUUCCCUGUCACGCAAGGUUGUUGGGUUAUUUUCCUCAUUUUUUUGUGCCUUAAAACUUUUUCGGAGCAUUUACCUGUGGCAUGGAAAACAUAGGUUUUUGAAAAUCAUGACAUAUUUUGUAUUAACUUUUAAGUCCCUAAUUCCUGCAUUUGUAUCUUUUUGCUGAUUGCAUGAUUUUUUAAUUGGACUUUUCUAGUAUGCAAUGUACUUGUCCGCAGAUUGUAUUCCGAUUGUAUGAUCACUUGGUUAAAGAGUAAAGAAUUGUUAAAUUUUUCCUAA